ACAACAAGCCAAUAAACAGAAUUACAAAGUGGCGUUCAUUCUUGUUAAUCAAGUUACUGUCAAGGAUUACCUCUUUUAAUACGUCACUGAAUUAUAUGUGACAAUACAUUCCAAGGAGACAGCCUAAACAAAUAUGACUUCAGUAAACCUUCGCCAGCAAAAACUUGAGCAGCAAAGGCAGCUUAUGGAACAAAAGAUGCGACAAAAACGGCAAACUCCAGGCAUGCUCCAAGCUUCUGAUGUACGAAGUGUUUCGGCAAAAGCCCAGAAUGGCCUUCAGUCCAGAACUAUUUUGGCAAACAGCAGGGGUCGAGAACUCCAUGGUUAUGAUGGACCAUUGCAGUACACCAUGGCACCAGGAAAUCCAGAUUCUGUAAUUUCUUUGCAGUCAAAUAAUGACACACAUGAAGAGGAGCUGGACUACCAGAUGGAAACGUUGAGCUUAUCAGCAGAUGAUCAUCCGGAUGUUGAAGAUGAAGAAUCAACUCCCAUUUCUCCUCAGACUCCAGAUAAUGCAAUGAAUGUGUCUGUUGGCCCAGCUUCAGAACCGUCUAACUUCAUCAGUGUGAAUCCUGAAGACAGAGAAAGGGAAGGUGAUGUGGAGGGAAACUUGGAGAGUUUUGUCCUUGAACCAGGCUGUCAGAGGGUCCAUUAUAAAUGUCGCAUUACACGUGACAGGAAAGGAAUGGAUCGUGGGCUGUAUCCUACAUACUUUCUGCACCUAGAGAGAGAUUACGGCAAAAAGGUUUUCUUAUUGGCUGGCAGAAAACGUAAGAAGAGUGCUACAAGCAAUUACCUUAUCUCUACAGAUCCCACUGAUUUGUCACGCGGAGGAGAAUCUUAUGUAGGAAAGCUACGGUCCAAUCUAUUAGGAACUCAUUUCACUGUUUAUGACAAUGGUCUUUCCCCUCGAAGAGGGGAAUCGAGAGAAGACUGGAAGAAAACUAGUGCUAGGCAGGAGUUGGCAGCCAUAAUCUAUGAAACAAAUGUCUUGGGAUUUAAGGGCCCAAGAAAGAUGACAGUAAUUUUACCUGGAAUGACACAAGAUCACAAAAGGGUUGAAAUAUCACCUCAAGAUCAUCAUGAAGGAUUACUAGAAUCUUGGCGAAGUAAGAACAUGGAUAACUUGAUAGAGCUUCAUAACAAGACACCAGUGUGGAAUGAUGACACGCAGUCCUAUGUGCUUAACUUUCAUGGUCGAGUCACGCAAGCAUCUGUCAAAAACUUUCAGAUUGUUCAUGACAGUGAUGUGGACUACAUUGUGAUGCAGUUUGGCCGUGUAGCUGAAGAUGUUUUCACGAUGGAUUACCGCUACCCAAUGUGUGCUGUACAAGCAUUUGCUAUAGCGCUAAGCAGUUUUGAUAGCAAACUUGCUUGUGAAUGAAGUUAUGUGCCUGAACAGAUUAAUUUAAACCGAUUCAAACAUUGUCACUUACUGUCAUUCACAUACUACACAAAUGAGAGUUAAUGGUAAUUAAGAUAAGCAGGUUAACCCACAAAUGUUCCUCAAUUUAUUUGUCAUAUAGUUUCCUCUUCUCUAUACACACUGAACCAGCAAACUUGACAGAGGAACAUAAUGAUGUGUUAUACAGUGCUGGUUGCUCGCACAAUCGUUAUACCACUAGUAUUAGCGUGUCAGUAUUCUCACAUUGUUUUAAUGUGGUUACUGCCACAAGACACGGAAUUUGGUAUUUUUAAUUCUUACAUACAUGCAUGUGCAUAUAAAUCUCAAAAGGAACAAAUAUUUCUAGUCGUAAGUAAAUGUAAAACAACUUAUAUUUUUUAAAUGCAAUUUUCAGAGUAUGUAUCAGCCUUUUAAUUUUACUGUUUUAUUUGUGAAUGAAUUUUUUUAUGUAUUUUAUGAUAUGAGAAAUGCAUACAAAAUGUUAGUUGGAAACCCUGGAGGGAAGAGACAACAUUGGAGAAAUUUACAUUGUUUGAUGAAAAUACUGAAAUAUAGCUUAGAGAAUUAGAAUGUGCACUGGAUUCAUCUGGCAUAGGAUAGUGUCCAGUGGUGGGUUCAUGUGAAUGCAGUAAUGAAUCUUUGGGUUCUAGAAAAAGUCUUACGUCUUGACUUUCUGUGUAACUGUCAGCUUUUUAAAAAAGGACUGUGUUACAUCCAGAUAGUUAUGGAAUAAAUUAAGAUAGGUUCUUGAAAAGCAGUCCUGUUCACCAGCCGUUGAUUGUGGACUGAAUUUGCUGUGUAAUGAAGCAGUUUUGUAAAAAAUUUGUAUUACAUAAGGAAAAGUGGGAGUAUGCAUACAUUUGCUCACCAUAUACAAUCAGUAUUUCUUCUGUGUGUCUUACAAAUAAGUUGGAGCUAUGAUCAAAGAUACACAUGAAAGUUAUUGUGGACACCAUCCACCAUUCUGAGUUUUUCAAACACAGCAUUUUGAAAACUUAAUCUGUUUCCAUUAUCAUGUGCAAAGGAAGAAGAGUUCCUGCUUAGCUGGAUAUGUUAGAAAGAGCUAAUCUUGAUUGCUGUACACAGGAAGUUCUGUCAGACAUCACCAUCAGGAGAUGAGAACAGAAACAUUGAUAUAAUGAUAACAUUUGACUUCAGCAAACUUAGAACCUAUCUCAGUGUCCAGUGACAGACUAGCUCUUCCUAACAACCCACUUGAGUGGGAACAUGGAGACAGAUCAAGUUUCUAAUAUGUUAUUUUUGAAAAACAACAUGGUGGACAGUGUCCAGAAUAAUAGUCAUGUUUAUUGUUACACACAAUCAUCAGAAACAUUUAGAAUUAGCUAUGAUUGAAGAGUUUUUAAAAACAAAAUAUUAUAAAUGUGCUUAAUGUAAUUAUGAAAAUGCUGUAUAUCUCUGGCUUUAAACUCAGGUGUUUAGAAUUUUUGGAAUGCUUCAGUUUCUGGUGUGUUUAUUGUGAGGAGCUGCAAAAGAAUGAGCCUGUUAGCUUUCAUGAAUAGAUAUUCAUAAAAUGUUAUAUUGUGGGGGUUUUACUAAACUCUGUCAAAUUCCAGUUUUUGGUGAAGUCACGCAGCAAUAAUGGAAACUUUUCACGAAGAUCUACGUGUUUCUGCACGCAUUUUUAGGAUAACUUGCUAAAUAUCUGAAUCAAAAAUUUAUUAGACAAAAGUUACAUAGAUAAAUGAAAGACAUAUUUUGUGUCCAUUAUGGCUUUCUAUAAGUCUUGCGGUUCUUGAGAUAAUUAAACACAAGGAAGCAAAUGCAUCAGAAUUACCUUUUCUAACUUGUUUUAAAUAAGGAAAGGGAGUUUCAGCAAAUCAAUUGAUCUGACUAAAUGAUGUGGCAUUUGAUGUUUCGACUGUGAAGUGUGAUUCUUAUACAUAUAUAUAGUGCCAUACCAUAUUUUAAAAAGAUUCUCAUUACUCACUUCUGUCAUUUAUGACAGGUGAUUAACACCACAUACAAGUUUUUAAAAUUCACUUCUUAAUGUUCAGUUUUACUGUUGUGUUUUAACAGCACAUGUAGUCUGAUAUAGUCCAUAGUCCAGCCAGCAGUGUAAUUAUAUAAAAAUUAUGCCUUCUGUAAAACCUAAAUUAUUUCAUUACUCGGUGAAAUAUUUGCAAGAUUACAUAAAUUUGAAAGUGAAUGUUAGUAUUUCGAAUGUGAAAAUUUGCAUUUUGUCUCACAGUUGAUAGUAAUGGUAUAUGACUAGAGAAUGUACUUAUUCUUAUUAAGGAAAUGAAAGUAUAGUCAUGCAAUAUAAAAAAAUAUUAUUAGUAAGGAUUUGAAUUGCACCCAAAACGUGUACCACAAUAAUAGCACUUUGCUUUUGUAGUCUUGGCUACCAUAUAUAUAGGCAAGAGUGUGUAUUAAAUUUCAUAAUAUUUCUGCAUGUUCUCUAUUAGGCAAAUGGUAGGAAAUAGAAAGGUUUCAUUUUCAUAUUUAUUAGACAUUUUAUGCAAAGGAAUCAUCUUAACAGAUUGGGUCUGAAGGGUAGAUGUAUAUUUGCGAGGUGCUAGAGAAUAAUCUCAGCCAGGACACCACUUAUCCUGAUAGGGUUUUUCAUGAUUUUUCUCAGUCCCUCCAGGCAAAUAUCAGGGUAGUACCUCAAUUAAGCCGCAAGUGCUUCCGUCCAAGUUCUUUCCAGUUCACGUAUCAUCUUGCCAUUUCACACAGUAUAGUCUACUUGCGGC